AUGAAAAUCAAGAAUUGGUUGUUCACAAGUAUUUUCUAAUUAUUUCGAGCAGUUAAGCAAAUAUUCCAAAUCUAUAUAAUAUGGAUCCUUAACUAUUCCUAAAUUCAAACCAUAACUUAAAAUUAGGUUUAAGAAUUACAAACAUUGAUGGCAUUUGAUUAAGCUAUUUCAUAUGAUUGCAUAACUCAUCAGAUGAUAAAGAAUUAUAAUUGGAACCUUCUAAGAGAUGCUUGGGGUCCUGAGAUCUUUUAAGUUAACAAAAAGUUAGAAUGGGUAAGAUUAAUUUCUUUAAAAAAAGUUCAUCCUAAAAUACCUACUUCAGAAUAAUUUAGACCGCUAGUAAUUUUAAGCCCCCUCUUUAAAUUCAUUAAAUUAAGAUUCUUUAAGCAAUUAAAGGAUUAUAUGAUACAUGGAAUAAUAUAAGAAUGA